AUGGGCAAUGGUGGUGAUGGCAGCAUCAAUGGUGGGGUAUGUUACAGUGCCAACAAUAGGGUGUGGUGGCUGGCGUGUAGAGGUAACAAUGGUGACAGCGGCAACGGUGAUGGUAAUGGCAUUGUUGGCGGUGGCAGUUGUGAUGAUAAUAAUGGUGGUGUAAGACUAAUGGUUCUAGUUGCAAAUGGUGUCAACAUUGAUGGUGGGAGCAGUAGUGGUAAUGGAAGCGGUAGUGGUGGGUGUGGUUGUGGUAGUGGUUAUGGUGAGUGUGGUUGUGGUGGUGCUGAUGGUGAUGAUUUUAAUGGUGAUAAUGGCGGCGGUGGUAUAAAGUAG